AUGUCCAACAUGUACGACGACCACGACUACGACAACGACUAUGACCGCGAACACCGAUCGCGCGACGAACGGGACUACUACAGACAAUUACAUCAAUCACAUCAACGAGACCGGGAGUACUAUGGUGGAAGUGGAAAUGCGGUACCCGACGACCCCUCGUAUCGCCGCAGAGAGUCUCCUGGUCGCGGUAGUUACAGAGACUAUGAUGCUCCCCGUGGACGAGGCCACCGCAGCCCGCAUCGCGGCGACUCAGCCGGCGACUCGCCCCCCGACUCCGGUGAUGACGGCUAUUAUCGAGAUUCUAGUCGCCGAUCUGGUCCAACCCGUCCCUCUCACACCCUGAAACUCGACGACGUACCGGACUGGAUGAAUACUGAAGAGGUAGAUAACAUCAUGCGAGACAUGGGUGCCGCCGGACUGGUCGAGGUCCGCCUCAAAUUCGACGAUCGAGGUGCCAGUCGUCGGUGCUACGCCUUCGCCGAGUUCAGAUCUAUCGAUGAUGCCACGAGUUUUCUCGAUAAUCAUUACCCUGCCCUUGACGUCAAUGGGGCCAACGGUCACCCUGCUCGUAUCUACUUGGAAUAUAGUCGGGAACGUCGUCCGGUCGCGAACCCGGACGACUGGAUGUGCACCAUGUGCCACUUUGAGAACUUCUCACGCCGCGCGACAUGCAAGCAAUGCAAGGCGCCAAGGUCCUCUGAGAGCACGGCCGACAUGAAACUGGAUGGCAAGAGCGACGAAUGCCCCCAGCAGACUCCGUCUCAGUUCGUCGUCAUCCGCGGCCUGCCUUCGUCUGUGACCGAAACAACCUUGGCCGCCGGCGUCAAGAAGCUCUAUGUUACUAAAGAGGCCGACGAGCCGAAGCAGGCUCCCGGCGCACCCCCUAAGCUCAAGAGUACUGCGCCGAUUGGUAAUACCAGCGGCUUGGGUGCGAAACCUGGCUCCCUGAUCCGUGUCUUUAUGAUCCGAGAUAAGUACUCGGAUAUCAGCUGCAACUACGGGUUCGCCGAGUUUUCCACCCUCGAGGACGCCAAGGCAGCCGUGGCAAAGUACAACGCCUCCUCACCACAAUUCACCAUCUCCUCCAAGCCAGUGACGAUAGCCUUCAUCCACUCGGGUGUCUUCAUUCCCUAUCUGCAUCCGGUGCAGGAUCAAGACCGCAAGUUCACAUUUUCGGCUACUCACAACCCCACGCUGAGACUAGUCUACUGGAAUUCGUCCGUCUAUGCCAACGAGUUCCUCAUCUUCAACGAAGGCCUAUAUGAGGACAAGCCACAGGAGACAGGCCAGACAAAGAAAGACGGUGAUUCAUCGGCGGGGAAGGACAGCAGGAAGCGCAAGGCGGAAAAGGACCUUGCGGCUCCCAGCGGCAAGAAGGCCAUUGCCAUGGCCCCUCAGUUGCAGAUGUGGGCCAGCAAACAUGCCGAGCUUCAUGGGCCAAAGGGACCAGGUCAGAAUAGCACGUCCUCGGAAGGCAAAGCACCUGCAACGGGCUCCAACGCCAUUGGGCCUGCCGCUACCACUUUGCCUACUGCACCACCUCCCUCGGUUUCGUCGGUAUCAUAUGCCGACCUCGACCGGAUGUGCUGUCUUUUGUGCAGGCGCAAGUUCAGCAACGAGCCAUCUCUUCGCCGACAUGAGCAGAUCAGUGACCUGCACAAGGCAAACCUAGAGAAUGAAGCGCUCGUCAUCAAGGCUGUCAAAGAUCUGAACGCGUUGGGCAAGGAGCCCGUGUCUAGUUAUCGGGAUCGAGCCAAGGAACGGCGGGUGGCCCACAACCAGCCCAGUAAACCGAAACCUCAUCUGCCGAGGAAGAAACCGCAGGGGAACAAAGAGCCCGAGUCAGCCAAGGAAACACCAGCGAAACCUGCAAUAUCCAAGGGGGCGGGCUUGCUGGCCAAGAUGGGGUGGACCUCGGGCGAGGGCCUCGGCGCCGAGGGUGGCGGCCGGACCAACAUCAUCGAGACGACGGCCUAUGCUCCCGGCGUGGGCCUCGGGGCUGAAGGAGGGAAGAGGGGAGACGCGGCACAAGAGGCAGCUCGUGCUACCAGGAACGACUACGCCGACUUCGUCUCCAAGGCGAAGGACAAGGCGAGGGAGCGAUAUGAGAAGAUGGGCUAG